GCGGCUGCUGCACAGGGCGGCCGGGAGCCGCGCUGAGCGCUCGGGGCCGGCGGCUGGAGGAGGCGAGCAGCGGACCCCGGCAGGCGGUCUUGUCUCCCCUGCAAACUGUAAAGGCACCUGGAAGACUAGUGGCUACAUAAAUCACAGUUGAAAGCUGAGGAAUUGAAAGAAAAUAACUUUUAUUCUCACUGUUUAAACCGGCUUUUGUUAAUAUCCGUUUAACUGCAGCAACAAAGAGGACAGUUGUUUGAGAUUCAACACUCCACUCCUUGAAAAAGGGCAGAGAGUUUAAAACCCUCAUUGAACACCUCCCACACUACCUAGCAAAGGCAGGGGAAACCAGACUUUACAUUCCUGAUAUCUCAAAGUGAAGCAGUCAAACUACCAUGUCUGGAAUCAAGAGAGUGAUUGAGGAGAAGGACCCGGACUAUGAGGAGAUUUCAGUCACACAUCCAAAUAAACGUCACAAAGCAGCUGAACAGUCAGCUCGAGAUGCUGCUGUACAGAAGAUUGAGACAAUUAUUAAAGAGCAGUUUGCUGUUGAAAUGAAGAAUAAGGAACAUGAGAUUGAAGUCAUAGAUCAGCGCCUGCUUGAGGCAAGGAGGAUGAUGGAUAAGCUUCGUGCCUGCAUUGUGGCUAACUAUUAUGCUUCUGCUGGUCUCCUUAAAGUUGGAGAGGGAGCCAAGACAUGCGACUCUAUGGUUUUUAAUCAUCCUUCAAUCAAGAAGUUCUUGGAAUCGCCAUCCAGAUCCUCAUCUCCUGCUAAUCAUGGAUCAGAAACGCCAUCUGCCAACCAUUCAGAAAGUGACUCAUUAUCUCAGCACAAUGACUUCCUCUUGGAGAAAGACAAUGGCAAUCUGGACAUGGAAGAGCGAUUGGCAAACAACCUGUAUCAGAGACCAAGCAGAAAUACCGGACGGGUAACGUUAAGCUGUGAAACGGGGGGUGGACAGAAGGACACUUCUGGUGUUACAAGCUCUCAUAAAACAGGCCAGCGAAAGGCCAGUCUGUUAAAUGAUGAGACUUCACGGCUCUAUGUGAAGAAAACAAUUGUGGUUGGCAACGUCUCCAAGUAUAUUCCUCCUGACAAGAGAGAGGAGAACGAUCAGUCAACCCAUAAAUGGAUGGUGUAUGUACGAGGCUCUCGGAGAGAACCCAGUAUAAAUCAUUUUGUCAAGAAAGUCUGGUUCUUCCUUCAUCCCAGUUACAAACCUAACGACCUGGUGGAAGUCAGAGAGCCUCCAUUUCAUUUAACCAGACGAGGCUGGGGAGAAUUUCCAGUGAGGGUUCAGAUUCACUUUAAGGACAGCCAGAACAAAAGGAUCGAUAUCAUACACAAUCUGAAGUUGGACAGAACCUAUACUGGCUUGCAGACACUUGGUGCAGAAACGGUAGUGGAUGUUGAGCUACAUCGGCAUUCUCUUGGCGAGGAUUAUCUCUUUUCCCAGUCUUCUGAAUCUGACCUUUCUGAUGUCCCCACGUCUUUACCAUUACCACUAAGUGUACCAGCACCAGUGAAAGCUUCUUCACCAAUUAAACAGUUACUUGAGUCCAUUCCAGAUGCUUCUGUGGACAAAGGAUUCCCUGUGAAUGCUGAAACUGAAAGACAUACCACUUUUUAUUCCCUGCCAUCUUCAGUAGAACGGACUCCCACCAAAUUGGCAACACAGAAAGUAACCUUUGGCUCUCAUGGAAAUUCAGCUUUUCAGCCAAUUGCAGCUAGUUGCAAAAUAAUACCUCAGGGUCAGAUCCCGAGCCCCGCAGAAUCUCCAGGAAAAUCCUUCCAGCCCAUCACCAUGAGCUGCAAGAUUGUAUCAGUAGCUUCUCAACCAGACACAAUGAUGCUACAUUUGCCUGGCACAUUUUUAGUUGGUCAGCCAUCUCCCCAGCAUUCUGGAAAGCAAUUGGCACCAGCAUCAGUUGUUCAGGGCAGUGUAGGAGCCGGAGCAUCUUCCACUCAAGGACAGCAGGCAUUAAAAGUAAUAACUGGACAGAAGACUGCUUUAUUUGCCCAGGCGGCUCCUGGUGGACAGACGUCACUGAUGAAAAUAUCAGAUGGUUCAUUGAAAUCGGUGCCAGCUUCCUCACAGCUCUCCAAACCCGGCACCACCGUGCUGAGAGUUUCGGGAGGGAUGAUCACUGCGGCCACAACCCCAGCCAUGUCCCUCCCUGCAAAUGGAAUUUCACAGCAAGUGGAUGGUGCAGGUUCCAGUUCAUCUUCCACUGUGGGUCCUGUGGCAAAGACAUCAGGACAGCAACACCAAAUUUGUAUAAACCAGGGGCAGUCUAGUUCAUCAGUAGCUAAUAAAACUGCUACUUCUACUGUUGUAAGUGUUGCUUCCUUGAUGACUACGCCAACCCCUGUUUCUGGCAAAGCUGCUGUAUCAGGAUUGUUAAAGAUCCACUCAAACCAGUCUAGUAGUCCCCAGCAGGCUGUGCUGACGGUACCUAGCCAGAUCAAACAGCUCAGCGUAAAUACAGCACCUGGAGGUGUUCAGACUAUACUGAUGCCUGUGAACAAAGUGAUACAGUCGCUGUCUACCAGCAAAGUGUCUGCUGCGACUGCUGUAACUUCAGCCAGUACAGUUGUACCCAUCUCCUCCACAGCAUCUGUCACUAAAGUUAAGAUGGAGCCUGAUUCAGCGGGACAGAACUGCAACUCUCUGGUCUCCCAAGAUGGUCAAGCAGCAGUAAAAACAGAAGAGAGCUCAGAACUCGGAAAUUACAUUAUCAACAUAGAACAUUUGGAGAAUGUCCAGCAACUUUUAACAGCGAUAGUGAAGAAAGUGCCAUUAAUUGCUGAGAAAAGUGAAGAUGUCAGUUCUUUCCGUGCCAGUUCAGUGGAACAGUACUACAGCUGGAAUAUUGGAAAACGAAGAGCAGCUGAGUGGCAGCGAGCAAUGACUGUGAGAAAAAUCCUACAAGAAAUCAUAGAGAAGCAUCCCAGAUUUCACAACAUCAGCCCCCUGAAAACCAAGCAUGUGGUACAUUGGUGUCGAUGCCACGGCUACACUCCGCCUGACCCUGAAGCCCUAAGGAACGAGGAAGAUUCAAUAGAAGAUGUCCUGACUCAAAUAGACAGUGAGCCAGAAUGCCCAUCUUCUUACACCAGUGGUGAAGAACUCUGCCGAAAACUGGAGGAGCUGCAGCAGUUUCUGAAACAAGAACCAGAGAAUGAUGAGGAAGUGGAUAUCCUCAGCUUUACUGAGCCACUGAAAAUAAACAUUAAAAAGGAACAGGAAGAGAAACAAGAGGAGAUGAAAUUCUAUUUGGCCUCCCUGCCUGCAUCAGAAUUUGUGAGGGACAUGGCACAGAAGAUAGGGAUUUCUUUUCAGCCUGUUGAGCUGCACAAGAACAUUUAUGCAUCAGUAAUAGAAGAUAUGGUUUUAAAGGCCACUGAACAACUUGUUAAUGAUAUCCUAAGGCAAGCCCUGGCUGUUGGGUACCAGACCGCUCCUCAGAACAGGAUUCCAAGAGAGAUCACAGUGAUGAAUAUUCACCAAGCCAUCUGCAAUAUUCCCUUUCUUGAUUUCCUCACAAACAAAAAUAUGAGGAUAUUAAAUGAGGAACAGUGAAAUAACCUGAAGAUGCUGUAGUAACAAUGGAUUGAAGAGUGAAAUAUUUAAUGACAAUUCCACUGUCUCUGUAGGACACUAUUAUAUACAUUUUAUAAUGUUGGGCUACUAGAUCAUUACCUCCAAUUAAAGAUGCACCUUAAUGCAACAAAAUGAUGCUCUGUUCCAAAUCAAGUUGUUAGACUGCAGUGUUGUUUACUCAGUAAGUGAUGAGCGAACUUCGUCAGUUUGGGUUCAGUUGCUAGCUGAAAAAGACUUGGCAGCAAAAUAGGCCUCCUCCAGCUGAUGACUGGAUAGCUUGCUGAGGUGAUGUAUUUUUAAGAUGGAAAUCCACAGCUCCCUUUGAGGCAGUCCACAGAUCAGUACAGAUUUUGCUGUGAGCUGGGGAGGCCAUUGGAGACCAUUUUUCCAAAGUAUCGCGAAUACAUGCAAAGCAAUAGGUAGCUUUGGAAGUUGGUUUGUUUGGAGGCUGAUGCUUGUGGUGAGCGACUUGUGCAGAUAUAAUUGAACGCCAUGAACAUGGCUCCAGUUACACAGCAGGACCAACCAUGCAGCUAACUGUAUGGUAACAAAUAUUUCCUUCCUUUAGGAGAGACUGAGUGAGCACCUCAGACAUCCCGGUGAUGGUAGGUUGGGGGCAUGGCCAAGAUGAAUGAAUAACGUCAAAUUUAAAGGAUUAACUGAGCAUGUGACCUAUGUGAGGGGAAAAGUAAAGUGACUUGGAUGCGUGGCUUAUUUCACAGAGGAUUGUGUCAAGAUUUCUGGGCGUUAAUUGGCAAGAUCCUUUGCUUCUCUAGCAAGUAUUGACCUUGGCUGCUGGAAGAAUUCCGAUUACUGAGCUGGAGAGCAAGCGAAUAGCUCUGUAAUACUUGUUUAAAUCUUUGGAGAACAUUAGUCCAUGAUCAGCACAGAUUGUGAGGAACUGACUGCAACAAAACUUUGGUUUAAACUCUGUAUAGCAGAAAGGUACCCAGCAGGAUUGGGGAAAACACAGGCACUUUGGACAUGGCAGCAUCUAAUACCAUGGCUGUGGGUAGAACCUUUACUUCCGGUCCCACCACUCACCUGCUUUAGGUAUUGCUACGUUCUCCUCCUUGUGAAUGCCACAUCUGAAGGGCACACUGCAGCCUUGCAAAUGUUUAUUGACGUAAGAAGGUCUAACCGGCAAUAUAAAAAUCUUCCUGGUAUGUAUUUGGCAAUAUUGUAAACAUGCUGUCAAUGUUGAGGGGCCCAAAAUUUGACUAUUACUUUACCAGGCUUUCAAAGUCCUUGUCUUUUUGAGGCAGUACCACAUAAUAGGUUGAAUGAGGGCCUGAGAGCCGGGGACUCCUGAGUUCUGGUCCCAUCUGGGUCACGCAUUUGCUGCUUGGCCUGGAGGAAGUUGCAUCACUGCUCAGUGCCCCAGUUUCCCCAUAUGCAAAAUUGGGAAUAAGGGUACCUAUCUCAUAGGGGUGUUCUGAGGCCUAAUUAAUAUUUGUGCUGCAAUUUCAAAAUGUAAAGCAUUUUAGAAGUGCUAAAUAAGCUUCUUUUGUUGGGGAAUAGGGUGUAUUUCAAAACUAAUACUUGAGUGCUUUCUUCACUAGAAAAUUAAUAAACUUGAUACCAGGAGCUCUGCAGUUAAACAGAACUAUGUGCAUGCUCCAGGGAGAGUGAUUCAGCUGAAAAAAGAUGGUUUCAGGCUUUCAAGGAGCAGUUACAAACCAGAAUAAAAUUAAAUUAAUUUUUAAACUAUAGACCCUUGACACUGUCCUCCUCAGGCCAGAAUCGGCCAUUGUUGCCCACCGCAAAGAGGACCUUCAUCUGCAGAUAGCCCCAUUGAAAUCAACAGGACUGGAGUACAGUACUACUCAGUUUGCCCUGAACAUUGAAAAUGGGACUGAUGAGAGGGAAUUUGAGUCGGGCUCUGAGAUGAAGAGCUUUGAUGGCAUUGGCGUGGAUGUUUUAAACACUCGGGCCCAGCUGUGGAAUUCUUACUUGUGCUGGUGAGCACCCAGAAAGGGCAGUUGCAUGAGAGAGCACUCGCUGGCUUGAGGAACAGCUGCACAAUCUGGCCCUUACUCUACCAUAGUCUGAAGUAGUAUUGCUGUGGGGACUCUUGCUAGAGCACAGUGGCUGGGCCAGUGCUGAGAGUGGAGAGGAAUCAGUUUAAUUUAGGAAUAUCAGGCCCUAUCUUAGCUUCCCUGUUGGGGCCUGGCAGCCUCUUAUCCUUUGUUUGGUUUGCAGGCUGUAGGGAAGUCAAGCCUCCUACACCUUUUAGAUACACUUGUACACAAUUUGUAAGUUAGGCUCUGUAGUCCCAUCCCAGGCUGCAUAAAACCUUCCCUAUGUGGCAGUUAGUUGCCCUUUGGGGCACCCAGUGCACUGGUAUUCUGGAGCGACACAUGCACUUCCAUCCCUUAGUACUAAAUGAUUCAUUGGUUGCCUGGUUUUCAAAAGUGCUGAGCACCCAGCAGCUCCUAUAGAUGUAGGAUCCCAUCUUUGGGCACCUGCCAUUCAAAAUCUUGGCACCUGCCAUUCAACUGCUUGAGCCACAUGAUUUUCAGCUUUUGAGUUCUAAAAAGUCCCCUAAACCAAGGCAUCUAUUCUGUAGUAGUUUGAAGGAGCUACAAUAAUUGAGUCUCUUGAUUCAUUUCUAAGCAAGCCAGGUUAAUAUAGUUACCCCUAGGAGAAUAAUCUGACGUGAAAUUUGCUAAGAACAAGCUAUCCAUUCAAACCAAAAGCAGUUACCAAUAAUAUUUGUUUAGUUGUCCAAAUGUAGGACAUUUUUGCAAGAAGGUUUUUGAAUUCUCAAGAGUGGUGGGAGAGACAUUUCUUCAUGAGAAAAUAAUCUGUUCCAUCAGAAUUGAAGAGAAGAAAGUUAUGUCACACAACAAGGGGGAGGCUGUAAAAAUUGGUAAACCAAGUUAAGUGUGAAAGAAAUUGGAAUAUUUCAGAAUAUUCCGCUAUGUGCUCUGUGGCUUUUUAAAAAGUCUUAAUGUCAGUCAAAGAUCUCCUUACAAACAUUGUCCAUAUUUGAAAUGUUGAGUGUUAAAUCCUCCACAUUCUGUAUUAUAAUGUAAAAUUGUGUAAUAUACAUAAGUUUACAAUAAAUUCUUUUAUUAGUUGUGA